GCUACUGCUGCCUUCCCUCAUUAUGAAGCUUUCGCCUCUCAAUUUGACUCCACGACGCACUAUUAUAGCACGCUCGGCGAUUGGGUCCCCUUGAUCCACUGGGAUCUCGCGUUACGGUUCCUGUCGCGCAGCCACCCCGCUCCUGCUUAAGACAUCACGUCUCUAUCCGCAACGCGCAAACCCGAAGCCCAAGCCAAAGACGCCCCACGGCUAUCCAAACACUCGCGUCAUCGCUUGUUGUCUCCUGAAUCCGACAAUCACACUCUUCUACUUCUGACCCCGCCCGCAGGCCGCCACCGCAGCUCAACUCCACGAUGGCUUCCAUCACGACGCACGAGGAUAUGGCCAUGUCCGACAUCGCCUACGCUCACAUACCGCACCACGAGUAUACGUAUAGAUUACCAACUCCGCCACGAAUAGUGGUGCCUCCGCCAACCCUCACGACCGAGGUGCCCGAGCUACAUGUCAGCGGAGUUGACCCCGCGGAGGAGAAUGACACCAACUUCCUGAAGGAGAUGAAUCUUGAAAGCAUAAUAGCUAAGAACACACUGCUGGACUGGUCAUACGAACGGCGACGAAAAGCGCAGAUGAUCCUUCCAUGGCUGUAUCUAGGCCCACUUAAUGCGGCCAAGGAUCGUGAAUGGUUGAAGAGCGAAGGCAUCAGCAUGGUGUUGGCUAUACGUUCGCAACCUAAAACUAUGGCGGGUGCCAUUCAGGUUGCAAAGGAAACCUGUGGUCAGGUUGAGUCCGUGGUGGCUGCUACUUACUUCGACUUGGUCGGCCAAUUGUCGUACACCACCAGGUUGAUCAAUCAACAUGUCGCAAAGAUUAGGCGGAUGACGGAAGCCACAGGAGAUCCACAACUCGGCAAGGUCCUCGUCUUUUGUGAGAGUGGCAAUGAGAAGUCGGCGGCGGUCGUGGCAGCCUACCUGAUGGAGGUUCUUGACGACUUCGAUUUCAUCAAGAGCAUGCAAGUUUGCCAGGCCCAACGCUUCUGCGUGAACUUUGACGACAAUAUCAAGAACAUACUCCAAAAUCAUUGGGACAUUCUUGUUGCCCGGCGCUCAGUUGCACAUUCGCGGUCAGAGCAGCUGAACUCCACAGUGCUCACCAACGGACUGCAGCAGGCCGCACGACAAUCUCAUCAACAAGGCCAGCUACAUGCGCCUCAAAACUCGUCAGUCAAGGCGAAGCGAUCCAUCGAGGACAUGGACGAUGAUAUGGACAUGAGCGAUGGUGGGAACCCCACGGAUGUGCUUCGGUUCCAGGGUAGGGACGUCACACCCUUCAUGGAUCAGUGAGAUCUGGCAUAUUGAUUUUCCGGCGUUCAGCGGCAUACAAUUCGUGAUACCCAAACAUCUUUCGAUCCGGCGACCUUCGAGUUUGGUCAACAGCGCCCACCCCUCGCGCCCCGGGUUGUAUCGUUUUCGCCCUAGCUCUUGCAAGCGCGCACACACCGUCUCAGAUGACCGUGUGAUGUCCUAAUGUAGGUCUAGCUUUAUGCAAGGUGGAGAGGCGAUGCAUUUGAUCCCUUCCUUCGAUGCAAGCGGGCUGAGAAACGAUUUUGUUUUGAGCGCGAGGGUUCUCGCACAUGAUGAAAAAUCGAACUGGUGGCUUCACAC